UUCUAGUCACUACACCUGUUCACCACGAGAACACUUUUCUCCAUAUGUAGGAGUGAUACUUAAGCUCUGGCCCACCUAAGAUCUUAUCAGAAGGUGUAGAGUAUUGGGACGCCUCAGCGAUUCAAUUUGGGCUAUUGUUAGCGUUGGCGUUCAUGCUUGCUUGGAAAGCAAAAAUCUGAAUAGGAGGGAUGGGGAGAUUUAUGCCGCCCCCACGAGGCUUGAUGGCGCUUCCAAUGGCGCCCUAUAGAGCUCUUGGUGGGGGUUCCUCGGAGCUUCGAAAAGGAGGAAUACUUCGGACUCACAUCACCAAUCUACAUCACGAUCGAAGAAGUUAUUUUUGACCGAUGACAAAGUAACAAUAAUGAGGCACCUACACCUAUCUACGUGCCAUACACGGCGACGUUAUUCUAGUCACCUCUUCCUAAAUGUUAGCGAGUCACUCCGCCGUAUUGGCAGUUGUUUCAGCAGUGACAAGGGUUUGUAUGGGGGGUUACAUCGUGUUAUUUAAUGCAUACUGUUACUACUAUUGCUGGCCAGCACAGCUUAAUUUCUAUUCCAUAUCUUUUUUCCUUGGCCGAUUGACUCGGGUAGCGUUCUAUCACCGCGUGAUACUCAAUUACAAGUACAAUACUUUUAGCGGAAGCAUCCUUCUUGCCGGAAUUCACGACCUCACGAUAUGUACUAGACGUAUGAUACAGUGGGUGGAGGAAGAUGGCCUUGCGAUGGGCCUCGGGCUUUCAGGCCCUAGUUGCGAAUAAUUCGAGGAUUCGAGGACGGCAACCCAAGACGGCUUCAGCAGAACAAUGCGCAACAAGCAAGCAGCAUAUUGAGAAAUUAAUAAAAUUGCGAGAAUGGGAGGAUCUUCCUCCCUGGAAACAGCGUGGAAGCGAACACAUUCGUACUGGAUACCGACCAGAAUGCGAUUCCUUGGCAUCAUGUUUACACAGCUGGACAUACAUCCAUAACGAAACAGUCAACAUUUUCUCUCAUAUAAUCGGCGCUGUGAUCUUUCUAGCUCUACCCCUUUACGUCUUUAAAACUGAGGUUCCACCACGGUACAAACUAGCGACUAUAACGGACAUCUUGGUCUGUAGUACAUACUUCCUGGGCGUUGGCGUUUGCUUCGCAUUCUCAACCUUCUUUCACACUUUUAUGUGUCAUAGUGAAGCUGUGUAUUCCCUAGGCGUUAAGCUUGACUACCAGGGCAUCAUUUUACUGAUGUGGGGGGCGAACGUGCCCCUCAUAUACUACAGCAUCCCGUGCGACUUGAGCGGUCAGAUCGCAUACUGGACUCUUAAUACAAUACUUGCAGUAUUAUGCUCGCUUGCGGCAUUCCAUCCAUCGAUAGGAGGACCACAUCUUGGACAUAUACGGGCUUACUUGUUUGCGACAUUUGGAUUCUGCUCCGUCAUUGCCCCUAUCCUAAUCGGCGUUCUCAAACACGGUUCUGAGGAGCAGAGUCACCGAGUUGGAUUUGGUUGGAUAGGAGCUACCGUACUUUUCGAUGGUACGGGCGUAAUUAUCUACGCUACGAAGUUUCCGGAACGAUGGUAUCCUCGGGUGUUUGAUAUAUUCGGUGCUAGUCACCAGGUCAUGCACAUUAUGGUGCUCUUUGCGGCCCUCGCUUACACAAUGGCUAUAUUACAAGCAUUUGACUUUCACCAUCAACACAACAUCUUUGAGCAUGGAUGUAUAUCAGAUGACCCGUGAAUAACAACAAGGUAUUAGGUAAAAUGACUCGUAUGAGUGAGAGCAUACUCAACCACAUGAUGUCACAGUAUUGACGUGGGGAGUACCCUCGGUAUUUGGAAAGA